AGAAAACAAACGUAUCGAAGACGGCAGAAGGCCGAGGAGUGUUGUUUUUUCGUGGUCGUUCUGUAGUUUCCUCUGCUAUUUCAAGCAGAACAUCAUGACUUUCCUUGGUGGCAGAACAUCAUGAGUUUCCUUGGUGGCGAUUCAUUGACUCCGUCGGUUCCGGGGAAGACGAUGGACGAGAACGACGGUAAAACAGCAUAUUUUCAUCUUUUUUGAACUUGGGGGUUGUAGAAAUGAAUAAUAAAGAUGAGAUAUCUAAUAAUUGUCAUUUUUGCACGUCAUGCUGACGCUGACAAACAUUUAUUCCAUUUCUCUAUUUCAAACCGCACAACAGUUGCCACCUUCUCCGUUGUGCGCAUGUCUUCCAGAGCGAGCAAUGAAGAAAGCGGUGUGGCUUUGGUAGAACCAGUGCCAGUGGAGAGCAAGUCUGUGCGGGAUCCUGCUACUGAUCGUACUUACUUCUAAUGUUAAUGUCAGACACAGAUGGACAGCUUCUGGAGCCUAGUCACAAACGGGAAAAUGUUGAAUGAAGUCAGUAGUUUGUCCCGCAGCCCUAUAAUUUUGGAUUUAUUUAUUAUCAGGCGACCGCGCGUCAUUGGAUUUGGCGAACCCGGAGAUGUUGGGUUUCAGUACCGAAAAGAAUGUUGUCGGAGGUAUAGUGUGUUUAUUGCGGCCGCAUUAGCCCGACGAAGAGGGAGAGUCAGUGUGUCAUGCGAUUUUCGCUUUAUUUCGCGUGGUCUGUAAAAAAAGGGUUUUCACACGGAGGAUGUACAACUAGCUGACUCACCAACUACUCCAACUUCUCUCGACAGGCGGUUCCGUCGCUCGCAAUCUUUCCAGCACGAGAAGUUCUCAUGUUGCAGCCGAAAAUGAACGCGUGCUCUCGGUUGUCACCACCAUUUCAACCGUCUCAGCAUCUGCCGAGGAAGCGGAAAAGGGUGCUGGAGGUACUUAUGUAGAUCAAAAUGUAGAAGUAUUGAUAUAUUCUUGAAGAUAAAAAUAUUACAGAAGAUGAGUAUACAAUUUUCAUCAUGCAAUCCUUCAACAACUUCGCAUCCUAAAAUGGGUGGUCCACGAUGAAGAUCUCGAUCUAUAUAUCUCAUUUCGCACCACAAUGAACCGCGCAUCAACUUCAAUCGCAGCUGACUUCCCCGUUGUGCGGAAAGUUUCCAGCACGAGAAAACCAACUAGGAAGGAUGAAAACCGCAUUCGGGAAUUGAAAAGGAAGUUUUCCACCGUCCCCGUGCGCGCGGUGCUGAUUCCGGUGCUGUUUGUUGUGCUCCUCACCAUAUUGCGCGGUGUUGGUCCGGUUUGCGAGUUUAGCGAUUUUCAGCGGCUAGCAUCGGUGAUGGGCACAGGUGUGUUUGAUCCAGCGAAAGUUGCGCCUGGAAGUACAAUUGCUAUCCCGACGAAUUUCGCCUACGCCGCGUUUCACGAGGCGGGGCUCGGUUUGGUUCUCUCUGAAAUAGCUCUGGGUGCGACGUUGAUCUUGCUGCAGUGUCCGUCCCCGCAUAGUUUGCUACUGUUGAAGACGUCACUGGUGCGAAAGCGAAACCGCCGGGCAGCGCUAGCGUUUGCAACGAUUUACGCCGUUUUGUUAGGAGUAACUAUGUACGGUGGCGUCUUCGCGUGUCUGACCGAUAAGAGCCGUGUGCAAAGUCUUGCCCUGUUCCGAUUGCUCUACACCCCCAUCAAGGCGUUUCUGGGUGCUUUUUUGCUAGUCUUUUUCCGGUAUACAGUGGCGCGAUCGAGGAGUGCGGGAUGCUCGAGCGCAGUCUACCGAUUCCUUGUUUUUCAAUUCGCCGUACUGCUCUACAUCGGCCUUGCUCUCUUUGCGGUGACGCGCAUCGUUCCGGGCCUACUCGCCGCCGCAAGGGAGUUACCGGGGUACCAGCGCAUUGUCGCAGAGGCGCUUGUGUGCGGUUUCUUCUUCAGUAUUCUGCUGCCUCUUCUGGAAAAGAUCUGGGGGCAGGUGUUUCUACCGCGAACGCUUCCUACUGAUAGUGAUUGGAGUUUGUGUGGCUUCCCCGACUCCCGAGUGCAGAAAGCGGCGCAGGACCGGACUCGGGACUACGUUGUUUGGUGCUGUCAGUUCAUUUUCGAUACCAUGCGGUUCGGAAUGGGCCGGGGCGUGUUCCUGGUUUUAUCACCUGCAACCAUCGCUUUUGUACUCUUUCGCGACCUGACCUACCACGUUUGGCACUUCGCUUUGCGGCAAACAGAAGCAUUGCUGGUGUUUGCCCUGAAAGUUUGCGACUUUGACGAUCUAGAGCAUGUUCCGGAGAGUUGGCGAUGGAUUACCAAAAUUUGUUACAAUUUGCAGCGAAUCAGCUCUAUCAAUCGACGUUUUUCCAUCGCAUUUGACGAGGAGAUUGACUUUGAGCAGAAACUGCAACUACCAGAGGAAACAACUGGCGCCUUGUUCGAUGCAGGAGCUCGAGGUGGGCAUCAGCAGACGGACGAGUACAACUCGGGCACAGCUAGCGGCAUGACAACUACAACGAAGUACUACAACGAGGCACAACGAAGUACAGUGCGGGAGGUACAACAAGUACAACUCGAGAAGAAGUCAUUAGCUCUGCACUUUUCCAACAUGCGGGUGAGAAUCAGAAACGUGCCGCAACAUGUUUUUCGGGAUUUGUGCAAUCGAGACGCCGCGAAUCUUUCGCACGGUGCAGUGGAAGUUGAAAUGGAUCCGGAAGAGCCUGUGGGCACGACAGGACCCGAAAGCCACGACGGAGACGCAACACUACCCAACCUGCUCGCAAUUGAAACGGACGGGGAGAAGUUGGCCACGAGUGGAGUUGCUGCAGGGAUAGAAGUUGGCACGCAACAAGUGAACGGAAGCAACAGCAGAAUAGGCUGCAGCAUCGGAAACAAAGCAAACGGGGGGAAGUCUGUGGGUGUUCUGCCGGCAGGAGAAACGGCGUUGCCAGUGAAAAAGACCGCGACCAUGCCGGCAAAGCCGCAAAGCCCGGCCCUGCACCAUUCCGAUAGUGUUCGUAAGACCCGUUCUGUUGGCGCUGGCCUGGCUGCAGCGACGGCGACGGCCCGGACGGCUGUGAAGUUUUUACUUGGCCGGGAAGAUAGAGGAAAAACAGAAACAGUGAAGACACCGGUGUCGGAAGCAGAGCUGAAAGCUUUCAAGCACUGCGUUGAUUUCUACCGCCAAGAAAAUUUUAAACGCUACCAACUUCGUGCGCACUGCCGCAUAAUGACGUCGCUGACGCUGAUGCUAGUUCCCCUCAUUGCGCUGGUGAAUAACGUGUCGCUGUUCCCCGGGUUUCCGCAGAAGAGCGAGAAGAUCAUUUUCGGUCUGGUGGUGUCAACUAUUUUCUUCGUGAGCGACGUCGUCGAGUGGUAUGUCAUUACCUGGAAGUUUGCGGCAUUUGACGACGAGCAGGUGAAAGUCUUGCUGCCGAAAUUUGUAGGACUGUUUUAUCCGGAUGCCGGAACAACGGAGGAGGCAGGCUUUUCUUUGCAAUUAUUUCCGCAGAUUUUCACGAUUACGCAAAUUACUUAUUGUUGUUACUUUCUGUCCAUGUUGACCACUGUGAUGUACCAGCCUUACUCGCUUUCAAUGCUGCGGGAAGCGACUGAACAAUCAGAAUUGACUUGGAAUCAUGUGUACGAGUACUGUGGGAUUUAAAUAAAACGUAAACGAUCAGUGCUGUAAAAGUCAAAAUGAUAAGUACGCGCGAUGUCUUUUGGUUGUAGGUUUUAGCAUCACUGAUUCUUGUCUUCCGAAGUAGAAAGCGAAACGAUGCGUAGCUCAGUCGACCAAUUUAGCUAAUAUCCGGCUGCAUAUUUCCGUUUUGGCAGAUAAGCUCCUUUUAGUAGUCUUAGUUUAGGUAGUUAUAGUUUACUUCAAAAUUUCGAUGAGGAAAAUAAAUUCGAUCUUCUCACAGCUGGCACACCAGGAGAGCCGGACCUCGCAAUAAACAAUUACAGUAUCUAUCAGUUUUCAGUAUACACAAGUGAAACCCAUAGCAUAGAUGAAGUAUAAACUAUUUACCAAAACAAAUAGCCCAAAACUCCAACUCAAACCGAUAUUCACUGUUAACAAGAAACAACAAAAAGGAGUGUAGUCUCUACGAGUAUCAACAUAAGUUUCAAAAUUGUGAAUUAAGAGAAAAGCUCGAAUGUAUGGAGUUUGUUAAACACACGAAAAUGGCAAGCAUAAUAAACACGCGAAGAUGGCAUACACGAG